AACUUUCCAAUACAGGGCUUGCAAAAUUUGAUAAGCAAUUGAGAUUUCCUCUCUGCCGCAAGGCGCCCUCCAGCCUGCCGUGGCCCCCCGUUAAUUACCCCUCUAGCCGCGUCCCCAACGUUUACGCUCAUCAAUAUGGCCUGGCUUGGUGCUUCAUUGCCUACUGGCGAGUCGCGCCUCUACUUUCUUUGCAUCUUCUUCGGCAUCGGCGCAUCCGUCUGGGGAUACAACAUUGGUAUACUGUCUUCAGUGAUAGUCAGUUCCGGCUGGCGCGAUGCACUGCAACAGCCAACACGCGCUAUGAUCGGAACUGUAGUCAGCAUCUACUACACCGGAACCUUCAUCAGUUAUCUCUGCAUUUCUCAUCCGAUCACGGACUGGCUCGGUCGCCGUUAUGCCGCCUUGUCGGGAACAGCUUUCGUUUGCCUCGGCGCCAUGCUACAAGCCACAAGUGGUGGCAGUACAGCUCGCGGCACUAUGCUUGCCGGAAGACUCAUAAGCGGCGUUGGAGUAGCCGUCGUGUCUACUUCGGUGCCUCUGUACCAAGCUGAGAUAUCGCCGGCGCAUAAGCGCGGCCAUUUUGUAACGCUGAACCACGUCGGUUUCAUCGCUGGCAUAGCGCUAGGUUUCUGGGUUGGCUACUUCAUGAGAUUCUGGUCCUCCGAUGCAGGCCUUUUCUAUGGAUGGAGAUUGACCAUUCUUUUGGAGAUAAUCCCCGCAAUGAUCUUUGGGAUCGGGUUGCCCUGGGUUCCGGAAACGCCCCGUUGGCUAGUUGAACAUGGCAGGAAAGACCAGGCACGUUCGACACUUCGCUGGCUUCGCGAGGGUAGCUUUGAUGAUGACGAGAUCGAGCACGAAUUCUCCGCCAUCAUCAAGAGCGUCGACGAGUAUCAUCAAUCCGGCAGUAACUGGCUUUCUUUGUUCCGACAAAAGCCAUUGUUCAAUCGCCUCUGGCGUGCUACUCUGCUUCAAUUCAUGUCUUCAAGUUGUGGUGCUACUGCCAUCAAAUACUUUCUCCCAUGGCUGUUGGAGCAACAUGGCAUAUUCUCCCAUACCGCAUUGCUAAUUAGCGCUACCGAGUCAACGGUUAAAAUAGGCUUUACUGUUCUCGAGAUGUUUAUCAUUGAUCGAUUCGGACGGAGGAAAUGCCUCGUCGCUGGUUGUAUCAUCAUGGCUUUUUCACUGCUGAUCAAUGGGGCUGUGCCUCUUUUAGAUCCUCAGCGUAAAAGCCCAGCGACCGAUAUCAUCUGCGUGGUCUUUAUCUUUGUAUAUGUCAUUGGCUUCUCUUUGGGAUUUGGGCCAACUGCGUGGGUCUAUAACACAGAGAUCUUUCCCACCUCGGUGCGAGCCCGAGGCUUAAACUUCGCCUCCGCUGGCGCCUCUGUCGGUUCUUCUAUCGUUACCAUGGUGUGGUCUGCCGGUAUCGGGUAUAUGGGUAGCAACAUCUACUUCAUAUUCAUGGUCGUAAACAUCAUCUGCAUUCCGGCCAUAUAUGCCUUCUUUCCCGAAACCAAGGGUCGGGAGUUGGAGGACAUGGACGCGCUAUUCGGCGCCAUUGAAACACGACGGAGUGAUGUCGAUAACCUUUCUGAACAUCUCCUGCAACAUGAUGCUCCUUUCCGGGACUCUUCAAAAUCGGUAGCGGGUGCGAACAGAGAGCAGGAGUGUGAUCGAAGUCUCAUCCAGUAGUUUGAUCUCCAAAUGAGUGGGAGACUCCUCCAUAUUUCCAAUUGUUUUUCGAACCUGCAUCGAGAAAGAUCUACAGUUCGACCCUUACAUCCGGAAUUCAGGUUCACUAAGCAUAAAGCGAUCUCAGAUGCAAAAUAAAAUAGAUUACAGCCUUGCCAGCUUGGAUUUUGAUAGCAUUAUCGCAACCUCAUCUCUUCUUUCGGACAGGUCUGGCUGUGAAGAUGGGCAGGAGCGUGACAGCCACAUGAUUUGCUUUCACUAGAGCGGCAAUGCAAACAUUCAAAUGAGCAGCCCACCAUGGCGUUUCAGGCUAUUCGUAAUAGCAAUGCAUAUCAACUUGGCGUCUAUUGCUCUCAUUGUAACACUUCUU